CGGCGCGAGGCCGGUGCGGCGCGGCGCGGCGGGGAUUGGCGGCAGGAGAACCCGGAGAGGAAAAUCAGCGCUUUCUGCUCGGCUCCCUCCGCCGGGGAGCCCCCGGGGGCUCCGGUGGCAUUUGAAACGCGCCGCGCUCGACGAAACACAGAGCAGCCCGGUCCCCCCGCUGCCGCCACGUGCGAUGCUCAGAGCAGGUACCUUCCGGGCUCGGAUCCUGACGCUUCCCUUCCUUCCGCGCGGAGCUACCGACAAAAGCCUGAACCGUUGCGCCGCUAAUCCCACCCAAGACGCCGCGCGGGUAUCGCGCCGCCCUCGCCCGUCCCCGAGGAGCAGAAAGCGCCUCUUCGCCAACGCGGGACGGCACCGCGUCACCCUUCGUCUCUCGCGGUCGCUGCGAAAUUACCGGCGACCAGCUCGUGCCGGCGUCGGCUCCGGGGUCACCUGUGAGAGGAGGAGACUUGCUGCGUCUUGUGACUGAAACCCAGAAGUUUUGCUUUUCCGGCAGAGGGAAGGUGUUUGCAGGACAACCGGCUCCCUGAGCACUCCUGAAAAACUUCUCGAUGUGACGCCCGCCCAGGAUGCACCAUGUCUCCCCGGCGCCGGCUCUGACAAUGAUGGCCACCCAGAGUGUGCCCCCUCCCCCUUACCAGGACACCCCCCAGAUGACGGCCACGGCCCAGCAGCCGGCCAAGGCGCAGCCCGUGCACGUCGCGGCGCCGGCGGGCGGCAGCGCCCCGGUGCCCAGCGCCGCCGCCGACCCCCAGGCGCAGCUGGAGGCCGACAAACGGGCCGUCUACAGGCACCCACUCUUCCCGCUACUGACAUUGCUCUUUGAGAAGUGUGAGCAGGCGACGCAGGGCUCCGAGUGCAUCACCUCGGCCAGUUUCGACGUCGACAUCGAGAACUUCGUCCACCAGCAGGAGCAGGAGCACAAACCUUUCUUCAGCGAUGACCCUGAGCUGGACAACCUGAUGGUGAAGGCGAUCCAGGUGCUGCGCAUUCACCUCCUGGAGCUGGAGAAGGUGAACGAAUUGUGCAAGGACUUUUGCAACCGCUACAUCACCUGCCUCAAAACGAAGAUGCACAGCGACAACCUACUCAGGAACGACCUCGGCGGGCCCUACUCGCCCAGCCAGGCCUCCCUCAACCUCCACCCCCAGGAGAUGCUGCAGAGCUCGCCCGCGGCAUUGCCGGCUGCCUCCAACCCACCGCCGGGCAUCGUGGUGCCGGCGGCCGCCCUGCCACCGGGCAACCUCGCCAUGAGCGCUGGAAGCUCGCCGGCUGUGCCAGGCGGAGGAGCCCUGUACCAGCCCGUGACGAUGGUGACGUCGCAGGGCCAGGUCCUCGCCCAAGCCAUCGCCCCCGGUGCCCUGCAGAUCCCCAACGCCCAGGUGAACCUGGAUCUCACCUCGCUCCUCGACGGCGAGGACAAGAAGUCCAAGAACAAGCGGGGCGUCCUGCCAAAACACGCCACCAACAUCAUGCGCUCAUGGCUCUUCCAGCAUCUCAUGCACCCGUACCCGACAGAGGACGAGAAGCGGCAAAUCGCGGCCCAAACCAACCUGACGCUCUUGCAAGUCAACAACUGGUUUAUCAACGCCCGUAGACGCAUCCUACAGCCCAUGCUUGACGCCAGCAACCCAGACCCAGCCCCGAAAGCCAAGAAAAUCAAAUCUCAGCACCGGCCCACUCAGCGGUUCUGGCCCAACUCUAUCGCCGCUGGGGUCUUGCAGCAGCAGGGUGGCAACUCAGGGACGAAUCCUGAUGGCUCCCUCAGCAUGGACAACCUGCAGCCCCUCUCCUCGGCCACGGCCACCAUGGCCAUGCAGCAGGCCAUGCUGGCGGCCCAUGAUGACUCCCUCGACGGCACUGAGGAAGAGGAGGACGAGGAGGAGGAGGAAGACGAGAUGGAGGAGGACGACGAUGAGGAAGAGCUGGAGGAAGAGCCCGGCGGUGCCCUCGGCUUGGACCAUAGUGACUCACUGGAGUAGCGAGGCGCCCGCUGCGCCGCGAGGAGGAUGCCCGCCCCCAAACCCGCUGGGAAAGGAGACAAAAUGGGGGGGGAAAAGAGAUUUUAGGAAAGAAAAAAAGAACAAAAAAAGCUAAUUUCAGCCCCCUGUGAAUGCCCUGCGGGGGGACAACAGGAAUGCACCGGGCUCUGCUCUGACCCGUCGGCUUAUUUAAGUGAAGGACACGUUUACAAGGCACAUAUUGUGGCCAUCUUUUUCUUUUUCUUUUUUUUCCCUCUUUUUCCCCCGUUUUUCCUCGAUAAAAAAAGCACGUCCAUCCGGCAAGCGGUUUCGACCGCGAUGGCUGCUCCUGUAUAAUGCUGGUUUCUCCCCCACUGCCACCAGCUCUGGUCCCACCACUUUGAUUUCCUGGUGCAGAAGGACAGAUGCCUUUUUUUUUUUUCCCUUCUUUUUUUUUUUUGGUGGUUUUUCAUCCCAAGCAAACACUGCCCGGCCGCGCUGAUCGCCACUCUCCGUGCAUGGGAAAAACCCACAAAUUGGAGUACAAAUUGGAUUUUUUGAGGGUUUAAUUGCCGCCCCCCCGAAAAAAUCUUCUCAUCUGAGGACUCGACGUGCAACUUGCUGGAAAAGGCCAAACCCUUCGCUGCAGUCCUUUAAUUUAUAUGCCAAAACCCUGAUGAAUUUGGGGGGGGGGAAUCCAGCCUUGUUAAUAAGGGCUGAAAUCGGCUGUAGAAUUGGGCAAAACCUCCAUAAGUGAGAUUUUUUCCCAGGGCAUUUUUGGCUCUGAGUCGGUAAAAAAUGAUGGGGGGAAAAAAACCUAGUUUUUCACUCAAAAACGCAACGGCGACCUGGAGAAUCACCUGGGCCAAAGGAAAUUAAAGUUGCAAAAAUGAUGAUUUAGCCCUAAUAUUGCUCCUUUCACCCACUGGGCAGGAAAAUGGUCAUUUCCCCCCCCCCGAAAUGUCCCAAAGAUGCCGCGGGGGAGCGUGGCUGUGCAAAAAAAAAAAAAAAAAAGCCGUGUUGGGGGGGGGAUGGAGGCGAUUUUUACUGCUAUAAAAGGGGAAAAAAUCACCUUAGAAACACGGCGCAGGAUGGAAGUGGUGCUGGGGGCCUGCUUUAGUACCCUGGCGUAAAAAAAAAAAACAUAUAUAUAUAUAUAUAUAUAUAGCAUUUCCUCCUGCAGGCUCACCCCCCCAAAAAAGGUGAGAUUUGCUCAAUAAUAAGGAUUAUGCGGCUGGGAGAAUUAUUAUUAUUGUUUUCCUUUUGGCUCUUUUUUGGCUCUUGAGGAGUUGAGAAGACAUUGCCGCCGUGAGAAAAAAAAUAAAGGUGGUGGUGGGGGGGGACGACGGCGGCGCUGCGAUGCAACGGGCCGAAACGCCUAUUUUUCGAUACCGAUUCCGGCGUGAAUGUAAUCUGUAAUUUCAUAAAAGACUUCAUUGUAAUUUAGUAUUAAUCCAUGCCCAUUUAUUAUAAAGUGCUACGAGACGA